AUGACUGCUUUGCGAUUUGUCAGAUCUGUUUGGGAAUCAUUCCGGGCCACUUCGGGGCUAGAGCCUCGUCUACUUGACAAUCUCCGGGUAACUGCUGCAAAGCCUGGGACUGUGAAUUUCGAAUUGGAUAUCCAAAAGGAACAUACAAACCGUUUGAGUAUCCUCCAUGGUGGUACCAUCGCCAGUAUGGUCGAUCUCGGUGGCUCAUUGGCCGUCGCAUCCCGGGGGCUAUAUGCUACAGGUGUAUCAACCGAUCUAAAUGUGACAUAUCUCAGCUCUGGUGGUAAGGUCGGCGAUAAGAUUCUGGCGGAGGUGACUUGUGAUAAAUUUGGCAAGACCCUUGCGUAUACCUCAAUCAGGUUUAUGAGUCCCAAAGGCGACAUCUUCGCCAGGGGAAGUCACACUAAAUAUGUCGCGCUUGCCUGGAAAGACCCUCAGAAUAUUGUUGAGGAUUUGAAUGAGCGCAAAUCAUCGUAG